AUGGACGCGCGCGGGGGCGGCGGGCGGCCCGGGUAGCCCGGCGCGACCCCCGUCGGGCCGCCGCCGCCCGCCGCCCGCGCCCCCCCAUCCGCAACCCCGCCGCCGCCGCCGCCCUCCCCCCCCGGCCCCGGGCCUGCGCCCCCCCAGCAGCCGGCCGGCCGAGGCGGCGCCCCCGGAGCGACGGACGAGAGCGGCCCGCGGGCCCGGCUCCGCAGCCGCGACAGCUCGUGCGGCCGCCCGGGCACCCCGGGCGCGGCGAGCACCGCCAAGGGCAGCCCGAACGGCGAGUGCGGGCGCGGCGAGCCGCAGUGCAGCCCCGCGGCACCCGAGGGCCCGGCGCGGGGGUCCAAGGUGUCGUUCUCGUGCCGCGGGGCGGGCGCGGGGCCGGGGCCGGCGGAUGAGGCGGGCAGCGAGGAGGCGGGCCCCGCGGGGGAGCCGCGCGGCAGCCAGGCCAGCUUCAUGCAGCGGCAGUUCGGCGCGCUCCUGCAGCCCGGCGUCAACAAGUUCUCGCUGCGGAUGUUCGGCAGCCAGAAGGCCGUGGAGCGCGAGCAGGAGCGCGUCAAGUCGGCGGGGGCCUGGAUCAUCCACCCGUACAGCGACUUCAGGUUCUACUGGGACUUCACCAUGUUGCUCUUCAUGGUGGGAAACCUCAUCAUCAUACCUGUGGGCAUCACCUUCUUCAAGGAUGAGACCACCGCCCCGUGGAUCGUGUUCAACGUGGUCUCGGACACGUUCUUCCUCAUGGACCUGGUGCUGAACUUCCGCACGGGCAUCGUGAUCGAGGACAACACGGAGAUCAUCCUGGACCCCGAGAAGAUCAAGAAGAAGUACCUGCGCACGUGGUUCGUGGUGGACUUCGUGUCUUCCAUCCCCGUGGACUACAUCUUCCUCAUCGUGGAGAAGGGCAUCGACUCCGAGGUCUACAAGACGGCGCGCGCGCUGCGCAUCGUGCGCUUCACCAAGAUCCUCAGCCUCCUGCGGCUGCUGCGGCUGUCGCGCCUCAUCCGCUACAUCCACCAGUGGGAGGAGAUCUUCCACAUGACCUAUGACCUGGCGAGCGCGGUGAUGCGCAUCUGCAACCUCAUCAGCAUGAUGCUGCUGCUGUGUCACUGGGACGGCUGCCUGCAGUUCCUGGUCCCCAUGCUGCAGGACUUCCCGCGGAACUGCUGGGUCUCCAUCAACGGCAUGGUGAACCACUCGUGGAGCGAGCUCUACUCCUUCGCGCUCUUCAAGGCCAUGAGCCACAUGCUGUGCAUCGGGUACGGGCGGCAGGCCCCCGAGAGCAUGACCGACAUCUGGCUGACCAUGCUGAGCAUGAUCGUGGGCGCCACGUGCUACGCCAUGUUCAUCGGCCACGCCACCGCCCUCAUCCAGUCGCUGGACUCCUCUCGGCGCCAGUACCAGGAGAAGUACAAGCAGGUGGAGCAGUACAUGUCCUUCCACAAGCUGCCCGCCGACUUCCGCCAGAAGAUCCACGACUACUACGAGCACCGCUACCAGGGCAAGAUGUUCGACGAGGACAGCAUCCUGGGAGAGCUCAACGGGCCCCUGCGGGAGGAGAUCGUCAACUUCAACUGCCGGAAGCUGGUGGCCUCAAUGCCACUGUUUGCCAACGCCGACCCCAACUUUGUCACGGCCAUGCUGACCAAACUCAAAUUCGAGGUCUUCCAGCCCGGUGACUACAUCAUCCGAGAAGGCACCAUCGGCAAGAAGAUGUACUUCAUCCAGCACGGUGUGGUCAGCGUCCUCACCAAGGGCAACAAGGAGAUGAAGCUCUCUGAUGGCUCCUAUUUUGGGGAGAUCUGCCUGCUGACGCGGGGCCGGCGCACGGCCAGCGUGCGCGCCGACACCUACUGCCGCCUCUACUCGCUGAGCGUGGACCACUUCAACGAGGUGCUGGAGGAGUACCCCAUGAUGCGGCGGGCCUUCGAGACUGUCGCCAUCGACCGCCUGGACCGCAUCGGCAAGAAGAACUCCAUCCUGCUGCACAAGGUCCAACACGAUCUCAACUCGGGCGUGUUCAACAACCAGGAGAACGCCAUCAUCCAAGAGAUCGUCAAAUACGACCGCGAGAUGGUGCAGCAGGCAGAGCUGGGCCAGCGCGUGGGCCUCUUCCCGCCGCCGCCGCCGCCGCAGGUCACCUCGGCCAUCGCCACGCUGCAGCAGGCCGUGGCCAUGAGCUUCUGCCCGCAGGUGGCGCGCCCGCUCGUGGGGCCGCUGGCCCUUGGCUCGCCACGCCUCGUGCGCCGCCCGCCCCCGGGGCCCGGGCCCGGACAAGGGAAAGAGAACUAAUAAGAAGAAGCAGAUAGACGGGAAACGAGAAAGCCUGAAGUUAAACAGGGAGCGCCCGCCAGCCCCCGGGCGCCUCGGACCUCGCCCUACGGCGGCGCGCCCGGCUCCCCCGCCGCACCCCGCGCCGGACCCGCGCUGCCCGCGGCGCCGCCUGAGCCGCGCUCGCGCCCGCUGUCGGCCUCGCAGCCGUCGCUGCCCCACGGCGCGCCCGGCCCGGGCCCCGCGGCCUCCGCGCGUCCGGCCAGCAGCUCCACGCCGCGCUUGGGGCCGGCGCCCGCCACCCGAGCCGCCGCGCCCAGCCCGGACCGCAGGGACUCGGCCUCGCCCGGCGCCGCCGGCGGCCUCGACCCCCUGGACUCCGCGCGCUCGCGCCUCUCGUCCAACUUGUGACCUUCGCCGUGCCGCCCCGCGGGCCCAGGCGGGCCGGGGGCGGGGCCGUCACCCACACCAAAGCCAUGCCAUCGCGCGCUGCCCCGGCCGCCGUCGUCGUCGUCGGCCGCCCGCCCCAGAAGCCAUAGAGGAGUCCUAGGUAGUUGUAGUCGGACGGGCGGGCCGGGGCGGCGCGGCAGCCCCCUCCGAGCCCCCGCCGUGCCCUUCAUCGCCCUGCGCCCACCCACAUCGUCCUUGCCCCCGGCGGCGGCCUCGCCUGAGUGCGUGCGAGGGGGCCCCCCUUCACCUCGGUGCCUCAGUUCCCCCAACUGUGAAGCGGGGACGGGGACGGCCCCGUGGCCGAAAGGAGAUGGCUGUGGAGUCCUGCCCGCCCCCACCCUCGUAGGUGGCCCGUCCGAUGAGGAUUCUGUUUUUUAAGUGCAAUACUUGGCCCGCCGGCUUCCCGCUGCCCCCAUCGCGCUCACGCAAUAACCGGCCCGGCCCCCCCCCCCCCCCCCCCCCCCCCGACCCCGUCCGCGCGCGCGCGCGGCCCGCGGUGACCU